GAGGGGAUCGGUCUGGAUGCCAUCAACGACGCCUUCCUCCUGGAGUCAUCCGUCUACAGGCUGCUGAGGAUGUACUGCGGGGAGCGGCCCUACUACCUGCACCUGCUGGAGCUUUUCCUGCAGACUGCCUACCAGACUGAGCUCGGGCAGAUGCUGGACCUCAUCACUGCUCCUGUUUCCCAGGUGGAUUUGAAUCGCUUCAGUGAGCAGAGGUAUAAGGCAAUUGUUAAGUACAAGACGUCUUUCUACUCCUUCUACCUGCCCGUGGCCGCUGCCAUGUACAUGGUUGGUAUUGACAGUAAGGAGGAGCAUGACAAUGCCAAAGCGAUCUUGCUGGAGAUGGGUGAAUUCUUUCAGAUCCAGGAUGAUUACCUGGACUGCUUUGGGGACCCGGAGCUGACAGGGAAGGUUGGCACUGAUAUCCAGGACAACAAGUGCAGCUGGCUGGUGGUGGAGUGUCUGCGUCGGGUCACGCCAGACCAGAGGCAGAUCCUGGAGGAGAACUAUGGCCGUAAGGAGCCCGAGAAGGUGGCAAAGGUGAAGGAGCUCUACGAGACUCUGGGCAUGGAGUACGAGGAGAGCAGCUAUCGGCGCCUGCAGGAGCUGAUCGGAAAGCACGCCAACCGCCUUCCCAGGGAGAUCUUCCUUGGCCUGGCACAGAAGAUUUACAAGCGGCAGAAGUGA